AGUUUCAUCUCGCUGUUAUUGUCUUCAAUAACACCAGCAUGCUCGUCACCAGCAGACAGGCUGAACAUCACAUCGAUACGAACUUGAGAGUUGGGAAGUUCCACUUGGGUGCUGAUCCUAGAAAUAUUGAGGAUACUGACGGAAGUACGACCACAAGCUCCACGUCUAGGACUAAUCACAUCAAGAACUUUGGUCUGCCGCCUCCGUCGAAGAUCGAGCAUUCAGAAUGCGAAUGGGAUCAUGUAGGGGGAUUUGGUCCCACCAGUUUGCCGGAAAUUUCUGGUGUUGUGGUUGACAUGAAUGCGAAAUGCGUCCCGAAAUCCGCCGAUUCGAUGUCACUGAAGGACCUUCGUGCUGCACUUCAAGCUUCGCACAAGCGUAUGAUGGCCAUCGUCGAGGAGGAGAGAGAAUUAAAUAUGGACGGGAGUGCCUUUACUGGCGCAACUACGACCAAUGGCCUCUGUCAACAGCUCGAAAGCUCUGAAGGAUAUGUCAGGCUGAGACAAUGGGCGGAGCGAAGCGGGUUCGGAAUAAGCGGAAAUUAAUACUAUGAUGUUUGAUUCGAUUACCAGUCAAUGCACGUUGGUGUUGUCAUGUAUUAGAGGUUAAUUAGCAAGUCAUGUCUCAUUGAAGCCAGUCUUAAUCCGGGGCUGAUGCUUAUAGGUGUCGAAAUAGGAAACAUCAUUCUUUACAUAGUAGUCAUUAUCGAUGCCAUUUCUGUCUA